UGUUGGAACGAAAAAUAUAUAUUUUUUUUAUUUGUCCAGUAGUUUUCGAAAUAUAUAAAAAAUAAGUUAGGAUUGUCAAUUUUCAAUUAGACACGACACUAAACGCAAAUAUGCUGAGGUGCCAAGUAAUUUAAGUGACAAGGUGAAAAUCUUCAUGAGUUUUGUUCGACAUAAACAUUCAACAUUUCCAUAUCUAAAUUAACACGUGAAAACUUGACAAAGAAAUAUAAAAUGGGUCCUAAAAAGGAUGCAAAAUCCGGCGGGGGUGGUGGAGGUGCUUCGAAAGGGGGGAAAGGUGGAAAGGCUGGAAAAUCUGGGGGUGGUGGUGGCGAUGAAGAUGCAAAAGCCGCUCCAAAAGGUGGUACGGCAGUUAAGGUACGACACAUCCUGUGCGAAAAACAAUCCAAGGUAUUAGAAGCCUUAGAAAAAUUGCAAGCCGGUACAAAAUUCUCUGAAGUGGCUGCAACGUACAGUGAAGAUAAGGCCAGAUCUGGGGGAGAUCUUGGCUGGAUGAUUCGAGGCUCAAUGGUUGGACCUUUUCAAGAAGCAGCCUUCGCCCUCCCGAUCUCUUCCAUGGAUAAGCCCGUCUACACAAAUCCACCCAUUAAGACAAAGUUUGGCUAUCAUAUUAUCAUGGUUGAGGGGAAGCGAUGAGCUACUUAUAGCUUAGUUAAUAUAAUUAGUUACAAUAAUUAGUUUAAAUUAUCAAGUAAUUCUGCAUUUAAUUGUAAAAAAUUCACUCCAAAAAACAGAGACAUGUGUCAAACUUAAUACUUUUAUAAAGUCGAAAUAUGUUUAAAAUUAUCGUGUAAAUAUAAUAAAUAAUUGAUAAGCCACUUAUCCUGCUAAA